AUGGAGUAACAUCAAGAUGGUGCGCAGUGCUUCACUUCUAAGUUAAGAGUGUAUCGUCUGACCGGGAUCUGUCGACGUGCUAUCAAGAAUGCUUUAAAUCGUACAUAUUUUACGACGAAGUAUUAUAUUUCGUCGUGUAUGUGAAUUGCGGUGAAAUUGCUGAGACAUCAGUGAUAUCGGUGCAGAUUUACAAUGUAAUCAUACUACAGUUAUGCCAUGAUGCCAUUCAUUAUAAAUGUUACCUGAAGAGAAGGCAACAAUCAACAACAUGACGGAAGGUGCAGAAACUCAACCAAACACGGGCAAUGAGGCUCAAGCAGAAGCCUUAGAAUCCAGAGCAGCACACAGUGAAGGAUUACACGAGGGAACGGCUGAAUCAACAUUACAAGCUACCCUUGAGCCAGUGCAAGAGUUACUCACAGUUCAUGGAACUACACAGGGAGAAAGCAGUGAUGCUGUUAGUAUUUACACUGCCAGUACUUCAGUAUCCGGCAAUGAAUCAAGUUCAAGUAGAGUCAGUGCAAUAACUGUGGUACUGCCGUGGGGUGCCCAAAAGGAGACAGUAAAACCACAACAAAUAGGAGAUAUGGAUUUGAGACCAGGAGAAUAUGUAAUGCGUAUUCUAUUCGCAGAAUUUACUUCGCAGGCUGAAAAGAAGAUGGAGGCUGUUAUGACAGAGCAUGAAAAACAAUUAUCGAAAGUUUUACAAAGAGGGGAAGAUCCACAAUUUGAUCAACUUUUAUCAGCUUUUGGUUCAGUUGCCGAACAUUGUCUCCCAUCAAUAUUGAAAGCUCUAUUCAAUUGGUAUGAACGUCAACUCGUAGAUCAAGGUGGCGAUCAAAAGAAACCUGGGAAGGAAGACCAAAAGGGAAAAAGCAUUAUGUAUACAAUAGUAUCAGGAAGUGUAGAAACAGUCGAAAGAAGUGAAGCGGACUUGUUGCAAGAACGCAGAGAUCUUGCUGUCGAAUUUAUAUUUUGUUUAAUGCUGAUUGAGGUUUUACGUCAACUACCAUUUCAUCCUGGGCAUGAAGAUUUAGUAACCUACAUAGAAAAUAUUGCUUUCAAACACUUUAAAUAUAGAGAAGGCAUACAAAAUGAACCAAAUGCAGCUAAUAUUCAUAUUAUUGCGGAUCUUUAUGCUGAAGUAAUUGGAGUUUUGGCACAAUCCAGAUUUAUGUCUGUGAGAAAGCGAUUUAUGGUGGAGCUGAAGGAAUUACGUGCUAAAGAGCUAGGUCCCCAUACUACGCAGAGUAUCAUAUCCCUUUUGAUGGGGAUGAAAUUUUUCAGAGUUAAAAUGGUACCAAUAGAAGAAUUUGAGGCAUCAUUCCAAUUUAUGCAAGAAUGCGCUCAAUAUUUCUUAGAAGUAAAAGACAAAGAUGUGAAACACGCCUUAGCUGGUCUCUUUGUCGAAAUAUUGGUCCCUGUUGCUGCUGCUGUAAAAAAUGAAGUGAACGUACCAUGUCUGAAAAAUUUUGUAGAAAUGCUAUAUUCGACGACGCUGGAUAUGUGUACAAAAUCCAAGCACAGGCUUGCACUUUUUCCUCUAGUAACCUGCUUACUCUGCGUUAGCCAAAAAACAUUCUUUUUGCAAAAUUGGCAUUAUUUUUUAGCAAUGUGUUUGUCCCACUUGAAGAAUCGUGAUCCGAAAAUGUGCCGAGUUGCGUUAGAGGCUUUAUACCGUUUACUUUGGGUCUACAUGAUACGAAUCAAGUGUGAGAGCAACUCAGCCACGCAAAGCAGAUUACAGAGCAUAGUGAAUUCCUUGUUUCCCAAAGGAUCGAAAGCAGUGGUGCCACGAGAUACACCGCUAAAUAUUUUCGUUAAGAUCAUCCAGUUCAUCGCACAGGAGAGACUGGACUUUGCGAUGCGCGAGAUAGUGUUCGACUUGCUGUCUGUCGGUCGACCAGUGAAAAUAAUCUUAACUCCUGAACGUAUGAGCAUCGGGCUUCGGGCAUUUCUCGUCGUAGCCGACAGCUUGCAGCAGAAAGAGGGAGAACCGCCGAUGCCUCGCACCAUGGGCGUAUUGCCGAGUGGAAACACUAUGCGUGUUAAAAAGACGUUCCUGAACAAAAUGCUGACGGAAGAUACCGCGCGAAGCAUAGGAAUGUCGUCGUACUUCCCGCACGUACGUCGGGUGUUCGUCGAUAUUUUGCGCGCGUUAGACGUUCACUAUGGUAGGCCUCUCAUGAUGACCAGCACUCAGAAUAUGAAUAAAGAGCCGGACGAGAUGAUCACCGGAGAACGCAAACCUCGGAUAGAUCUCUUUCGAACUUGCGUCGCCGCCGUACCGCGAUUGAUUCCCGACGGAAUGACCGGUGCUGAGUUGGUCGAUUUGCUGUCUCGCUUAACGGUACACAUGGACGAGGAACUGCGCGCGUUGGCGUAUCAAAGUUUGCAGACUUUAGUGUUGGAUUUCUCCGAUUGGCGGCAAGAUGUCAUCCUUGGAUUUACACAGUUCCUGGCUAGAGACGUGCAAGAUACAUUCCCGCAGCUUGUAGACAAUGGCCUCAGGAUGCUAUUGCAACUUCUGACAUGUUGGAAGAACGCUUUGACAAGUCCCAGCAUUAGAUCCAAGGAACAAUCAGUGGACAAUACACGGGUGAAUAUACGCAUCGAUGUUGGCAUCAAGAAGUGCGAAUCAGGCCAGAAAGUGGAGCCUGUGUCGAAUAUAUUUUAUCUGGUGGAAGGAUUCGCUCUAGUUAUGCUUUGCAAUUGUCGCCUUUAUCCUCGACGACUAGCUGUUCAUAUACUUCGCGAAGUUAAACUUCUAUUGAAGACUUUGGGGGGACCAGAGGAUGACCAGCUUGUUAUCGAUGUAAUCGACGCUUGCUGUCCCGCUGUUUUAGAAAAGUGCUAUCCCAUGCUGCCGCCAGCUGAAAAAGCGGCCGCUGCGUCUACGUCUAAUGUGGAUCUACAAUGGAUAGCGGACAGAAGUAGUUGUGUUUGGACAGCUGGAUUUCAUGAUGAGAACAGCACCAAGAGUUCUUCGUCGCUUAAUCUAAACGGCGCCGAUCCGUGGGCCAGUUGCUUAUUUGCCUUCCUAGAAAAGGAUAGAGUACUCACGCUAUGCCCGAAUGCCGUGGCUCACUCGUGGCCCAUCGUUUUUAGUCGCAUUAAUUCUUUGUUUUCAGUGGUAGACCCUACUCCAGUAAAUGACAACCGAGCUUCGUUAUUAAGAAGUUCUACCACAGUGAGAAAGCCAGUGAAUGAGAGAGAUGUCUAUAUGCAUAUUUGGAAGAAUUAUCUGACUUUUGGAUACAGAGUUGUGCCACCCGUGCCGAAUCCAGUAGUUCGAUGCGCUAGUCCAGAUCUCAGUCUCAGUGGUCAGCAUACGGUGGAGUUUGGUGUGUUGUGCAUGAGUAAGGAGUUGAGUCAGAGCCUGGAGAAUCUCGGCGGGGCGCAGACCCUGCCGGGUCGGUUCUCUGUACCGUCCAUUUCCGGCAUCUACACCAGGCAUAAGCGUACCAGCUCGUCACCGGACAGUCUAUCUGCGGAACGCGGUGACAACAAGUCACCGGGCACGAACGCAAGCCCUGCGGCCUUGUACAAGCUUACCGUACCUCUGCUGAGAUGCGAGGCCGUCGACGUCAGGGAUGCCGCAGUUCAGGCUAUUGGAAAAGUAAAUGCCGACGCUUUAAAAGACCUGAUGGAAGAACUAGUUCCUUAUAUACGAGAAGCGGUCGAUCGCAAACAAGAGAAUAUGAGACGGCGAAGAAGACGCGACGCUUUAAGACUGCAACUAGUGAGAGUAUUGGAAUUGAUAGCCGAGUAUGGAACGUUUGGCAUCUGCUCAGCGGUACUGGAUCGCGAGACGCAGUCUUUACAUCCGACAUUCGUCGAGUACAUUGACGGCGCACGGAUUUACCUAGAAAAUGAAACCGACAAGGAAGCGCCUGCCGUGCGAGACAUAAAAUUGCACUUCUGCAACUUCGUCAGAAAGAUGAUCAAGAGUUUUUCGUUGGAAACGUGUUACACCUUAUUGAAAAGGGACCUAAGAAGGAACCUGUUCAUGUUAUUCGCUAGUUGGGCCGGCGUUUACGGUAGACCGCUUACAAGCACGUCAUCCUUGCAAGAAGAGGAGAAGUCUUGUACGGAAUUGCAACUGUCAGCACUACAAGCUAUGAGCGGAUUGCUAUGUUGCGGAUCGUGCUUCAAUCCGCAGUCACUUUCGGAGGAAGGCGCGAUUUUGUAUCAAUGGUUGGACUUACUGCUAGCCAGUAAAGACGAGAAGAUUUACACGCUCGCACGCGAAACAGUCGUAUUAUUGCUCGAAGGAAAUCCUGACAUUGGCACGCUUUUAGAUUGGGUGGUGGACCGCUGUUACACCGGCGCACCGCAAGUGGCCGAUGGCUGCUUCCUCGCUUUGGCAACAAUCUUCAGCGCUAGAGAGUACCCUUGUGACCACUAUACGAGCGUUAUCAACGUGACGUUGAUGAACACUGGAUGUCCACGCGCUCCGGUUCACGACGCUGCUCUUCAGCUUCUUCAGCUGCUGGAUCAACGAUUCUUCGGCAACGUAGGUCCACUUCCAGCUACGGAACCUGAGGCUGGACAUAACGAUCCCCUUGCAAGUUCUACCGCCACCGUCACUUCUGGCCCGGGUCAACCAAGCAAUCCUGCAGGUGAAAUUUCCUCCGGCGGCACAAUUAGAGGUGGGACAUUAGACGUGCUUUUGUCGACCACCUAUUGCCGCAGUCAAAUGUAUCUUUCGCGUCAACUUGCACAGCUGCAUCCGGAACUCACGAUGCCGAUGUUCAGCGAGAUUACACACCGGUUUCAAACAGCUCGCAGAGAAGUUCGGCAAUUACUGCUGCAAUAUUUGUUACCUUGGCUGCAUAAUAUGGAACUUGUCGAUCCCAAUGUACCACCGUCGUCAAAUCCAUUGAGUUAUUAUCAGUAUUACACGAGCGACGUGACACGUGGAGGAACGCGCCGAGAAGGCUGGGGUAGCGCAGAAGCGACGGAGAUGGUGCUCAACAACCUCUUCUACAUUACCGCUAAGUUCUCGGAUGAGCAUCCCAAAGAGACGGAGGAGCUGUGGGCGACUCUGUGCGGCUGUUGGCCCAACAAUCUCAAAGUUAUAAUUCGCUACUUGAUUAUCGUCUCGGGGAUGGCACCUCAAGAAUUACUGCCAUAUGCGAAGCGUGUGGUGCUUUACUUGGCACGAGCACGUCCGGAUCGCCUCGUUGACGAGAUGAUGACAGAAUUGGAGACAGUCGAAACGUUGAACUGCUUGAUCGAACGGACGGAAACACCGCCCUUUUAUCGGCUCACCAGCAUGAGGAAAGCCUCGUCGCAUAGCGACGCGCCUGCCGCCGAUCCCGCUAAUCCGCCUCGAGAUCUUGGUGUCGAGAAGGGCACUAUUCAUACGAAAAGGCACUCGGGAGAGGAUCCUGUCAAAACUGGCUCAAAGUCUGAUACUGCACUUCGAGCACUCGCGGGGUUUCAAACUCCCAGAGCAGAAAAGACAAGGACUGCGAGCGGUCCGCCAGUUCUUCCAGACGAUCUAUCAACUCCGACCACGGAAGCUGAACUGACCACCGAUGAAUCAUGCUAUGCCGCCCGUAAUGGACCCGUCGGAGUGAACGGAAAGAUGGCAUGUGUCGAUGAGAAAUUCGAUAUUCCUCAACCACACCCUUUACCGAUGCCGGAAUAUGGUGGUUACUUCGCUCCUUUGACCGAGUACUUGCCUGACAGCUCUCAACCGAUAAGCGGGUUUCACAGAUGUAACAUCGCCGUAAUGCUGCUGACCGACGUGGUCGUUGACGGCAUCCAACUCGAUUGGGCCAUACAUGUACCUCUGAUGUUACACAUAGUUUUUCUCGGUCUGGAUCACUCGAGACCGCUCGUCCGCGAUCACUGCCGUUACCUGCUGCUGAACCUAUUGGUCGUGCUCGGAGAUCAUCGCGAUCAUCUUGGAGUGGCGCGCGUGCUUCUCGCCUCAAAGACAGAGCAGUUGGGAUUGGGACUGUCUACUCCGGCUUUACCGGUGUUGGAACAUAAUUUCACGGAAGUCGAUCCAGAAUUCGACAGCUAUCUGUACGGUCCUCCCCCUGCCCCGCCACCCACUACUCCACCACCAUCGUCUUCGCCACCUCCACCCUCUUCACCGCCACCUCCGCCACCACCCCCACCGCCACCGCCGCCGCCGCCCAUGCCACCCGAUUCAUCAGCGUCUCCAGCUGUGGUACCUCCACCGCCACCGCCGCCGCCUCCUCCGCCUCCCUUACCCGCGUCUUCACUCGCAGACGACACAUCAACGUAUUCACCCUUGCUGAACUCGACGUCCACCCCGCCGAUGUCGAUAAAUCACGCAAGUCAGCUGAUGACGGAUGAUUGUAAAGAUUAUGGGCAUUCUCAUUAUGAGUCAGCAGUAUGCAAUAGUUGGCCGACUUCGAGCGGAACAGCGACGACAACAACAACGACAACGACGAAUGCGGUGCCGCCUGUUAUUGUAACGCCGGAAGAUGUGAAUAAUUGGACGGGUCCUCAGCCAGGACCUAACAUGCCAAUACAAGAUGUUAUUAAAUCCUUGAUUAAUUUCCUAGCAUCUAGGAUUAAUCAGCCCUUAUGGAAUUACGAAGACAUGACUGCUAAAGUAUGGUGGGUUCGUAGCGCUGAGCAACUCACAGUAUUACUUCGUCACGUACUACGUGUCUUCAGAGACUCAUUGCCGCACGCAUUGGUCAGUCAGAGAUGGGCGCAAACGGCACUACAGUUAGGUCUUUCCUGUUCGUCUAGACAUUACGCAGGAAGAUCUCUGCAAGUUUUUCGAGCACUACGCGUUCCUAUAACUUCUAGAAUGCUGUCUGAUAUUUUAUCUAGGCUGGUGGAGACUGUUGCCGAGCAAGGAGAAGACAUGCAGGGAUAUGUAACGGAGUUGUUGCUAACCUUGGAAGCGGCUGUCGAUUCUCUCGAGUCGGACUUUAGACCGCUCGAUUUUAUGAAAGAAAUCUUUAAGUCGACACCGAAUUUGAACAAUAAGGACCCGGUAUCGGGAAUUAUAAUCGGAGGAAAACGCAGUCCAGGAGGAAAUGGUUAUCCUGCUGGACCACACAUGUUUUCUCACUUGAAUCAAGGUGGACAUACUAGGAGCACCAGUUAUUCGGUCAGUUAUUGUAUGAAAAGAUCCAGCGGUGGCAAUUCUGCAGCUAGCGACAUAAAAGAAUUGGAGAAUAGAGUUGGUGGUAACAAGUAUCCCAACUCGAAUCUGUCCAGAUCAAGAUCAGCGCAGUCUUUGAAGUUGUUGGGCGAUUCUGCGACGCAGGACGACAAGAUGACUAUAUUGGCGCAACUGUUUUGGUUGUCAGUGUCUCUGCUUGAAUCGGAUUACGAGCAUGAGUUCCUUUUGGCGCUGCGGCUUCUCAGCCGCGUGCUACACAGAUUACCGCUCGAUCGACCGGAUGCCAGGGAUAAAGUUGAGAAACUGCAGCAACAACUGCGGUGGACCUCAUUCCCCGGUGUACACGCGCUUUUAUUGAAAGGAUGCACCAGUCCCAACACGUACGAACCAGUCGUCACGUUGCUCUCUCAGUUCACACCUCUGUUAGAUUUACCGGUGGUUGAUCCCACGCAGAGCCUCGCGUUCCCGAUGAAUGUUGUAUCGUUGUUACCUUAUAUGUUGCUGAAUUAUGAAGAUGCCAACGAGCUUUGCAUCAGAAGUGCCGAGAACAUUGCGCAAGUAAGUGCAGAAAAGGGAAAGAAACUGGAGAAUCUUGGUACAGUCAUGACAUUGUACAGUCGACGCACCUUUAGCAAGGAAAGCUUCCAGUGGACUAAAUGUGUAGUGAAAUACCUUUACGACUCAUACGCUCACCUCAGUUUCAAUAUGCUUGCUUUUCUUGUGGAGGUCCUGGAGAAAGGCCCGAGCAGUGUGGCAUUGCCUGUACUCAGUAUUAUACAUUGCAUGUUACAUUACGUAGAUCUAGCGUCACCAGCUGCGCAGCCGAUCAACACCGAACUUUUGAGAGUGAUAUCUAAAUAUGUCGAGGGCACUCACUGGAAAGAAGCACUUAAAAUCUUGAAGCUUGUAGUAACGAGAUCGUCGACACUCGUAGCUCCGCCGACGUCGAUGCACGGCUCGUCCUGGGAAUCAUCGUUGGCAUCGCCGCAUCCUAGCUUCACCGACACCGAAAUAUUUACCAAGAAAGAAUUACCUGGAAGGACAAUGGACUUCACAUUCGACCUGUCUCAAACGCCAGUGAUCGGUCGACGUUGGUUGAUACGUCAAGGUGUUGAAGAGAAAUCACUCGGUUCUCCGCGUUGCUCGUUGUCCCUGUCUCCGGCUGACAGUAGUGCUAUCGCAGGAUGGAAGAAACCUUGGAUGUCACAGGGUCGUGUCAGAGAGUGCUUGGUAAACCUGUUGACUACGUGUGGACAAAGAGUCGGACUGCCAAAGAGCCCAUCGGUUAUAUUCAGCCAAAGUUCGGAUUUGAUGGAAAGACAAUCAUCCAUGGCUUCUUCAACGGAGGAAGUUUCUGGUGCGAAUAAUGAUUUGAGCGGAGGAUCUAGACGGGACGAUGAACAAUUUGGAGUAUUCAAAGACUUCGACUUCCUCGAAUACGAAAGUGAAAGCGUCGAGGGUGAGAGUACGGAUAACUUUAACUGGGGUGUUCGACGUCGUCCUCUUAGCGAGGGAGAAGAACGAGAACCUAGUUUAAGACAAUUUGAGGAAAGUCUAAGUGAGAAGACGCCAUCAUCCAGUAAACAUACCACACGGCGUGGAGUCGCCGAGGAAUCGUCAGACGAUGAAGCCGGGUCAGAGUCACCAUUGGACGAGGUACCAGGUGGUUCCGGAACGGGCCAGGAGGCGAACAGCAUCCCAGGAAUGUUCCCGCCGUCGUCUCUCUCUUUGAUACCUAGUCGCACACGUCACGACUCAUCCACAAGCGGCUCGAGUGCAGGAGACCUCGGAGAUGUGACGCCUUGCAACGCGUCGCCGAAUCUGUCCGCGCUGAUGCCGUUCCGACAGGUCGCACGAGACGAUGCCGAGGAGAUUUGGAGACAGCAAAUUCAAAGUCUCAUCACCCAAGCUCCGUACAACACUCUGAGCUUCUUCCAAUUGCUGAGCAAAAUUUUAAGGGAUGUGAGCAGCAAGUCUGUCGGCCUUACACGCGAGGCAAGUGCUUUGCUCAGCAAUGGUAGCCCCGCUUCGGCUCAUUUGGGCUGUCACUUGUCUAGUCACGCUGAACUACUCAGUUCGAAAGCCGAGCCGCCCUUGGUAUGGUUCUCCGUAGCUAUAUUCGCAAAUCAGCGUUUAAACGAGACGUUGCGUUUCGGUAUGUUAGAAGUUCAAGAGCACCUGGAGACAUUUUUGGACAGAAAGGAUCAUGCCACAGAAUGCUUGGAGGCGGCUAAAGCGACCGCUAAGCUUCAAGCUUUGGGCGGUAGUCACACCACAGAGGCAGGUGUCGAAGAGAUGCUGCUAGAUAUGGGCCGAGCGCUCUACAAGCUACAUUUUCAACUUCUGUUGCUGAUUGAGGCAUCAAACAAAAUGCUGGGUGCGCUAAUGAACGCCGCCAGAAACGUGCAAAUUCCUCUGCAAGAUUUGUCCGUUGAGGUCGCCAAUAUGAAGAUAGCCUUGAGUAGAGCGCUCGAAGAGAGCACCGAGAGCGAACGAGGCACACCUACGCCAACACCUAGUCCUAGUCCUCUGCCAGGUGCAGGUGCCGUGGAGGAAGUCGCUAGAGUCGCGGAACUGCUGAGAAACGCGCGGUGGUGUCCGGCACUCGAAGCCGUGAGACUGCAUAGAGCACAGUGGCCGGGCGAUCCUUUCCACGACGAUGAUGAUGUAACAACUGCUGUUAGCAUGUACUGCAAGUACAUAGGUCAAGAUAGAUCCGAUAUAUUCGUGGUGACAAGAAAAGACGACGAGAUGUCAGAGAUUUUCGGCAGACUAAUGGAAAGCUUGUUUGAAGUUCUCGCGGCUGUGACAGGGUUGGAAGCGUCUACGAAGGCGGCGCGCAUGCAGCAUGACCAUUCUAAUCACUCCAAAAAUGACUGUUAAUAUAAGCUUUAAUGAUCUAGUAUUACAGAUUGUUCAUGUACAUUUAAGUCUCGGCGUACAUAUAUGUAAUAUUUAUAUUUAAUUGCCGUAUAUGUGUAGAGGUAUCUUAUAUACGAUUGUAGGUGAGUAUACAUCACGAUACAGAUGAACGUUGCGAGUAUUUAUGUAUAAUGCGUAAAAAGGAAAUUUUUUCUUUCUCUCGACACGAAAAGAAAAAACAUAACGAUCGCUAUUGACUGUAUAUUCGGCAAAUAAAUUAUAUCGAUAUCUCGAUGA